AUGGGUCAGUCCCAGGUGAGCUCACCUCUCUGUUCUCCGGCUCUUUCAGAGAAACCGACCGUCAUCGAUGUGGGCAUUUAUGUCAACAGCAUCGGGCCCGUGUCAUCCAUCGACAUGGAGUAUCAGAUCGAUAUCAUCUUUGCCCAGACCUGGACGGACACCCGGCUGCGCUACAAUAGCAGCAGCAUGCGCCUGCUAACCCUCAACAGCAACAUGGUUGGUCUGAUCUGGCUGCCUGACACCAUCUUUAGGAACUCCAAAAACGCAGAUUCGCACUGGAUAACGACGCCCAAUCAGCUGCUUCGCAUCUGGAACAACGGAAAAAUACUUUACACUCUGAGGAUGACGAUCAACGCCGAGUGCCAGCUGCAGCUCCAUAAUUUCCCCAUGGACGAGCACUCCUGUCCUCUGGUCUUCUCCAGCUACGGAUACCCCCGGGACGAGAUCGUGUACAAGUGGAAGCGAAACUCGGUGGAGACUUCGGAUCAGAAGUACUGGAGGCUUUACCAGUUCGACUUCAUGGGGCUCCGCAACACAACCGACGUGCUCACGACCACAGCAGGCGACUACGUGGUGAUGACGGUUUACUUUGACCUCAGCAGAAGGAUGGGCUACUUCACCAUCCAGACCUACAUCCCCUGCAUCCUGACUGUGGUCCUCUCCUGGGUCUCCUUCUGGAUUAAAAGCGACGCCACGCCGGCGAGGACAGCUCUAGGCAUCACCACCGUGCUGACCAUGACCACCCUGAGCACCGUAGCCAGGAACUCGCUCCCCAGAGUGUCCUACGUGACGGCCAUGGACCUGUUCGUCACCGUCUGCUUCCUGUUCGUCUUCGCCGCCAUGAUCGAGUACGCCAUGCUCAACUACUACUCCUACAGCAUACGCAGGCCUCCGCCCAAGACCCGCAGGAUGACCUACUCGUCGUUCAACUCGGGCCGAAACCCGCGUCCCAUGAUGCCGAUGGGCAACUCGCUGUUCUGGCACGAGUACGACGACAGCUGCCUGUACGAGUGUCUGGACGGGAAGGACUGCCGCAGCUUCUUCUGCUGCUACGAGGAGUGCAAGCAGGGCGGCUGGAGGAGGGGCCGCGUCCACGUCAACAUCCGCGAGCUGGACUCCUACUCCCGGGUCUUCUUCCCCACCUCCUUCCUGCUCUUCAACAUCGUGUACUGGGUCAGCUACCUCUACCUCUAG